UAAAGGAACUGGAGACAGAAUCAUGAAAAUUGGAGAGUUAGAGGGAAAACCUGGAUAAAAUUUUCUCUCUCAAGCCAAAUAAGAAAUAAACUUUCAAGAAAGUAAUUGACUGGUGAUCUUGGGCAUUUUCAACCCAUAAAGUGUCCAGUGGAGGAGAACAACAAUGCACUUCCUACAGACACAAGUUAUUUGCAGACUGUGUCUUCACCUUGCCAGGAAGCUACUAAAGUUCCUGUGGGAUCAAGUAGAAUUUCGUAAGAACAUAAUGGAUGGAGAGGAGAAAGCCUACGGUGGCUGUGAAGGCCCUGACGCCAUGUAUGUCAAAUUAAUAUCUUCUGAUAGGCAUGAAUUUAUUGUAAAAAGAGAACAUGCAUUAACAUUAGGAACAAAAAAGGCCAUGUUGAGUGGACCAGGGCAGUUUGCUGAGAAUGAAACCAAUGAGGUCAAUUUCAGAGAGAUCCCUUUGCAUGUACUAUUGAAAGUAUGCAUGUAUUUUACCUACAAGGUCCACUACACUAACAGCUCCACUGAGAUUCCUGAAUUCCCAAAUGCACCUGAAAUUGCACUGGAGCUGCUUAUGGCUGCCAACUUCCUAGAUUGUUAAAUAGAAUAAAUUAUAAUAAACUGUUCAUUUUUUCAGUAUUUAAUACCUGUAGUUCAGUUAAUCAUUUUUCCACAUAUAGCGUGUUGCCUGUAUGAAAUUCAACUUUAAAGUUAAUUGCUGAGCAGAUUCCUUCUGUCAUUUGUAUAGCAGAGUUGAAAUUUGUUUACUACAUCAACAAAUUAAGGAUGUUCACAAGCCAAGAAAUAAACAAAUAAUGCCAGUUUGUAGGUGGUUUGCUUUCUCCUUUGGAUGUGACCUUUAAAAUUAUAAGUAAUAUAGCAAAUCCUGGGAUGUAAGCAUAAAUGAACAUAUUCUACAGGUAAAUACAGGGGCUAAGUAUUUUAAGUAUUUUUAUGUUUUUAGUGAUUUUUUUAAGAAACAGUUCUGAUCUUACAGCCACUGAACAUUACUAGAGUUAUGCAAAUAAUUACAUGAAAAAUAAUGUUUAUAACUUAGCCAGACCUUGAUUUUUGUAAUUCAGAAUAAGAGUUGAAAUUUCUUAUGUGUUUUUUGAUAAACUGCAAUAUUGUUUAAUUGCAAAAAAAAAAAGUAUCCAGUGGAGUUCUCUGAAGCCUAGUACAGUGGUGUGACACAUAGACAAGCCAGGUUUGGGAGAUAAAAUAUAUAUACAGGUUUGAAAAAAGCCACAUGUGCAACCAAGGGAAAGUGAAGAAUUAUACCUGGGGUGUCAGUAGAUAACCAAGACAGAGCUGUAACUUAGCAACUAGAGCAUACUUACCUCAAGGCAGGGCAAGGAGUCUAAAAAUAUAUAGCAACAAAAACUGAACAAAGGAGGUAUUCAUUACUUAAGGCAUAAAUGAAAACAGUGUAAGUGGUGUACAGUUAGCAAGGCUCAGACCUUCUUAGACCU